AUAUCCGGGCUAUCAAAACAUGGCGACGCGCACAGACUAAAGAUAGCAUUUUCAAGUGUGGUUCAAAACCAUUUUAUACGGAACCACAGUGGAUUAAAAAGCUGAAAUAUACCUGAAUAUUGAGAGGAUGCCAAUUGUUUAAGUCAGCAAGUCACCACAUUCCACUGCCUUUAUUGAUUGGAUUGUGACAAUGUCGUAUCCAGUGGAGCAUAAAACAGUGUUUGUUCUGGACAAGGGUCCACUAUUUGCUCGAUCCUGUAAACAAAGCAUUGAGUAUGAUGUCAUGUCUAAGACAAAAACGCCAGGAAUCAUUCCAGCGGCACCAAUCACGAAGUCGAUGUGGACUUGCAACGUGGAAACCAUGAUUGAGUACAUGAGAAUUGUGUUCGACAUAUUUCCUUGCAGACGGUUGAUCCGAGUGGUAGUUGGUGACGAAACACUGAGCGUAUGGCAGCAGAAAGAUCAAAAUAUACAACAGGUGAUGCUAGCACUAGGUCAAGUUGGACCCCCGGGGCCGAAGACGAAGGAUGAGGAGAAUGUGAUUCGGGGUCUGACUGAGGCAGUACGGGCGCUGUGUGACCCCACAGACCUGCAGCAGGAAAUUGACCGUGACGUCAUACAAAACAAGGGGAGGAUCAUUUGUCUCACAGCCGUGAAGAGUGAGAGUCAGAUGAGAGCUUUUGAGGAGUGUGUCAGUGAUGCCAUACUGCAACAUAACCAGCUGGCUGAGGACUCGGAGAGUUUGCUUCCCAUAAGCCAUUGCGAACUGGUUCUCGUUCAUGUGACUCCAGUCGGUGAUGACAGCAAGAUCACAGAGAGACGGAAUAGAGAGAUUUCUCCCUUGUUGUAUGGAGAGGUGUAUGUGACACAGUCUGGGAAAUUACUGUACAACAGAUUGAUGCAGCUUGUGCAGGUGCACUAUGGUCUGUCUUCUACUACAGUCACAGGGAUUCCCAUGAAGGAAGAACAGAAUGCCAGCUCCUCAGCUAACUACGAUGUGGAGCUGCUGCACCCGUCACAGGCUCAUGAUGACAUCAUGAAAUCAGCCCACAGUGAUGGUUUGGUGAUUCCCUCCAAAGAGGGCCUCCCUACAGAGACAGUCACGCUAAAAUGGUGUACCCCAAAAUCCAAUGUUGUAGAGUUGCAGUACUGCACGUGUGCAGCCAGAAUCACGCCAGUAGACGUCAACAGUCGCCCCUCUUCCUGUCUCACCAACUUCCUACUCAGUGGUCGAGCAGUAAUGCUGGAACAACCUCGUAAAUCUGGCACCAAGGUGAUAUCUCAUAUGCUGGCCAGUCAUGGGGGCGAGAUUUUUAUCCACUCCAUCAAUACGGCCCGGUCACUUCUAGAGGACCCACCCUCCAUUAGUGAGGGAUGUGGAGGGAGAGUUACAGACUAUAGAAUCAAUGAUUUUAAAGAGUUUAUGAAGGAGAACCGACUGGCACCAGCAUUGCCCGAUAUGAUGACAGCCGGAGUAAACCACUUGAACCGAGCAAAAGUCCACUUGGAGCGAAUGAGCCGGUUUUGGCCCCUGGUCAUUGGUGAAACCAUCAUUUUCAACAUGGCAUCGCACAUUGACCCUCUGCCGACAAUCAUUGUUAAAGAGAAGCUUGAUGAUGAGGACGUGUUGGAGUGUCAGAAGGCGAUAUACCACGUGGUGGGGAUGGAAUCGCGUAAUGAACCUCUACCCACAUCAAGUGCCGGGCCCCGGGGUAAAGGACCUAAAAGAGAUGAGCAGUACAAACAGAUGUGGGCGGAGUUAGAGAGUCUGAUUCGAGCCCACGCGGACACAUCUCCUCAACACCAGAGGGUGCUGGAGUGUCUGCUGAAGUGCAAGAAGCCAACUGACGACGCAAAAUCGUCACCCAAAAAAGCAAAGGAGGAGAAAAUGGAGGUGGAGUCAAACACGGAACAAUCUUACGCCUGGAAGGAACUGGAAAAAUUUCAGAAGAUGACAGAGAAAGAGAAACAGGAGCUGAACAAAACAGAGAGUGGAGCGUCUGCUACUAAAAAAUCCAGACUGAGCACGGACGAGACACAGUUCAAAACAAAAGGUGCUGGGAGCUUGUUGUCUCUAUGGACAGAUCGAAUUAAGACGGUCCACUCCAAGCGACAUGUGGAGUUUACAGGUCGAUCACAGAGUGACGGGAACCAGGCAGAAUUAUAUCAGAACCUCAACAAACAGCUGCAGGAGAAUGCUGGGAUGGAGGGGUCUGUACCAACACAGAAGGGAACAGGGAUACAGAAGAAAAUGUAGGAAUCAAGUACUGGAGACCUAAAGUUCAAUCUCCACCAACACAGAAGGGAAUAGGGAUAUAGGAGAAAGUGUAAGAAUGCCUGAAGACCUGGAAGUCAGUAACUGCAAACACUUGACACUGUAUGUCUUCUGGUGACACAAAAGUUCCAGGAUGAAGGAGUGAAUCCCUGUUUUUUCUGUGCAUGUUUACCCUCCAUUAGUGGUGUGUGUGGUUAGUGGUCCACCACGAGAUCUUUAUCCUUGGUGUGUCCCUUGUGUUUACACAUUGUGUGGUUCCAGGAGCAGUAUUCAGAACACCACUGUAGUAUGAAAUGACAUCUACAUAAUUACUGAUAUUGUAUUUUACAGGAAACUCUAACUGGAUAAAAAUAAGACAAUGCAUGUUGAUGAAUAAAAUGCUAUCAAAGCUG